UCAUAGUAGGUGAAGCCUAGCAUUGAAAGUGGCUUUCAUGUGAGCAGGGGUGUUUGCAAUUAUUAAUUGUCGUGUAUGGUUUCUUAGGCGAAUGUUUUCUAGAUCGACAUUGCAAUAUGCGACCAGGCAGACCCUCAAAUAUCGUACGAAACUGCGUCAUCGAUUUCGCACACCGACUGUUCUUCCCAUCAAGCAAACGAUGAAGCAGCGGGAGGAGACAAUCAAAGAGGUGAUGAAACGGCGCAACAUCAACCCUCGCAAUCAUAAGGUCUACCAAUAUGUCGAGCAACGUUUAUACUCGCGCGGCUCUCGACUGGACCGGGAAGGGCUCAAUCUUAAUACAGUGUAUGCGCUCCAGGGCCUGGGCGAUUUGGAGCCGCUACGGGGCAGUCGAAACUUCGGAUUUUCCGAGAAGGAGGCACUGAAGUAUAAUUCCCCAUCCGAGGCCGCGAAAUACGAAGCCCCCCCGAUCCCGUACACCCCUCUCGCAGCACGGAAGUUGGCGGAAGGAAAGUUAUGGCCGCCUGCGCCGGAGCCGACGGGGAUGAUCAGCUGUGAGGUGCGUUUAUUGCGGGAUCGAUCGAACAUGUCACCCUCCGCGCAGCGUUUCGCGGAUAAAAUCGCCUAUCACCUCCGGCGCUCGAUUAAAGCAUGCCCCGCGCAUAUUGGCGAGCGUAUCGACUUCUCCCAGCUGAUGAUUCAAGAGGUGAUCGCGUCGCGGCGGUCGCGGGAGAUUUACAUCGUCUGGGCGACCGUCGAUCCGGGGGCGCGUUUCGAGAUCGAGCCUUGUUUGCAUCGCCUCAAUAAUUGGGUGCAGCGGUUGAUUCUGCAGCGGAUUAAAACCCGCCCGAACAUCCCCCACGUGCACUGGAUCUUCGACGGCGGUCGCCUCGAACGGGAGCUUCCGCGGGAUCUACGAAACGAGUUGGAUAGUCUUGUCGGGGAGACCACGACCUCAUUGCAAACGCGCGUGCAAUAUCUCAAGGAGUUGGAUACCAUCAACCAGCGAAUGAAAGGCAUCCCGUGGUUUAUGCCCUACCUGUGGAAUAAAGAGGCCAAGGCGGAGAAAACGCGGACGAUGCGAAAGGAUCUGGAGGAGUAUCAAAAACGCCGCGCCGAGGCGAAGGCCGCUCAAAGCGAGCACGAAAAGGCCACCCAAUCGCGCCGGAGUGUAGCCCCACAGACGGCACCACCGCCCUCGUACAUUCGCUGA